AUGGCGUGGUACUCCAUCCUCCCGCCGGGACUCACCGAACUCGAGACCUGGUUAGCUCGCAUCUUCUUCUUCCUCGGUCUCAUCACCAUUGGCCCCUGGGCCUUCCUCGUACUCCUAGACGCAACCAUCUGGAUAUAUCGUAUGACCCUUUGGGAGGUCCCCUGGAUUGGUGGACGAGCACGUGGUCGCCAGCGCCCUCGCGCGCCGAGCUUGAAUGAACGCCCGGACGGGCAACGGAGGGCAUUUGGACUGCGCGGCGUGGAGACGGAUACCGGGAGCAGCGAGGGAGAAAAUCAAGAUGAUUCUCCAGGGCGAAAGGGGGAGAAAGAUCGUGACGACUCUCAGAAGGAGAAUGUGAGCCCUGUUGUUGUCCAAGCAUUAAAUCCACAUUUGAGUGGAGAUGGUGUCUUGAAACAAAGGAGCUCGGGGCAGAUAUGA